CAGUGCAGCUGAAAAAACCCCUCUGUGGCCAGAGCUUGUUCCCCCCAUGGCCUGGCCAGGUCCAGGCAGGAGGUGUGCACAGAAGGGGUUAAAUUGCCCGAGAGCUGCUCCUCACCUUUGAACUCGGGUCCAGCCAGAGGUUUUCCUGGCACAGAUGUGCUCUCUGGAGGACACAGAAGAGCAGCAAUGCUGGCAAAACCCAGCACUGACAUCAGCAGCUCUCCAGCUUCAGCAGAAUUGUUUAAUUUUGUUUAGGAGUGUGUGAGUUCUGGGCAGGGGAAUGGGCCAAGGCCAGUGCUGGUGUAAGGGGGCACGGUUACCUGGUGGCACCUGCAGGGACACGUGCCUGUGUGACGUGUGUGACACUCAGAAGUCCCUUCAGCGUGGCACUAACGUGUCCUGCCAUGGGCACGGGCAGUGCUGGGGGAGGAACAAGAGCUGCUGCAGGGGGAGACUGUGGGCACACUGCAGAGGGCAAGGGCACAGCCUCACCUCUUACAUAUGGGGAGGGCAGGAGGCUAACCCUGCUCACACCUACCUGUCCCACUCACGUCAUCGUGGUGACAGCUGCUCACCCCAGUCACCUCUCCAGGGAGAGCCACAGGGCUCCACAGGCAAAGCCCUUUGCAGCUGCCCCAGGUGUCUGGUGGAGUCUGAUGUUGAAUUUCCAGUGAGGACCUGCCUUAAGCUGGGGAUUUACUGGUGGGCCAUGUGUCCCUGUGCUUCCAGGGGAUGCUUUCUCCUGUGCCAGGGAGCCACUGGUGUCAGGGAUGUCACCCUGGGUACAGCCAGGGUAAAUUUGGUUUCAGCUCCUCAAAAGCAUCUAAACUGCAGAUCCUUUCCUGACAGCAGAAUUACAUGAAUUUAAGAGGUUUUGGGUAAAUUUCUUCUGUGUUACAGGAGCUAAACCUCUCAGCUCUCUUCCAUUCCUUCUGUCCAGCAGUCCCAAAGUGCUUUGUCACUGGGGUGAUGGCAGAGCCCCCAGUAACCUCCACCAGACUGGAUGCUGGACGGAGGAACAUCUGUGUGCGCUGCUUCCCGAGGACAGCCGGAGCCAGCCGCUGAGUUCCUGCCCCAGCUGCAAGGAGAGGAGAUUAUUUUGGCUGCCUUAUGUUCGUGGCCUGGAUGGAGCUCUCCUCCACUGCCCUGGGCAAGACAAAGGAACUCAUCAAGCACGGCCGGGAGAGGAUAGAACAAACCAUCAAGGCCUCUGGCUCCAGGCUCUGCUCGUAUGCUGAGCGAGUUGUGUUUUUAAUGGAUCGUUCCCGGAGCCCAGACAAAAGCAGUCAGCCUUCAACACCGACUGACAACAUCAACCUCGGACCUUCUGCUAACCCCAAUGCCAAGCCAACAGACUUUGACUUCCUGAAGGUUAUUGGCAAAGGAAGCUUUGGAAAAGUUCUCCUGGCCAAACGCAAGUGUGACGGGACUUUUUAUGCAGUGAAAGUCCUGCAUAAGAAAACCAUCCUCAAGAAAAAGGAGCAAAACCACAUCAUGGCAGAACGCAAUGUGCUCCUGAAAAAUGUCAAGCACCCCUUCCUUGUGGGACUCCAUUACUCCUUCCAGACCUCAGAGAAGCUUUAUUUUGUGCUUGACUAUGUCAAUGGAGGAGAGCUCUUCUUCCACCUGCAAAGGGAGCGCUGCUUCCGUGAGCCCCGGGCCCGAUUCUACGCUGCAGAAGUUGCCAGUGCCAUUGGAUAUCUGCAUUCCCUAAACAUCAUCUACAGGGACUUAAAGCCUGAGAACAUCCUCCUGGAUUGCCAGGGACACAUAGUAUUGACAGACUUUGGACUCUGCAAAGAAGGAAUGGAGCAAGAGGAGACAACUUCUACCUUUUGUGGCACUCCUGAGUACCUGGCUCCUGAGGUGCUAAAGAAGCAGCCCUAUGACAGGACAGUAGACUGGUGGUGCCUAGGAGCUGUCCUCUAUGAAAUGCUCUUUGGACUGCCUCCUUUUUACAGCCGGGAUGUGUCUCAGAUGUAUGACAACAUUCUGCACAAGCCACUACAGAUCCAAGGAACCAAAACUGUGGCAGCUUGUGACAUCCUUCAGGGACUUCUCCACAAGGACCAGAAGAGGAGGCUGGGUGCCAAAACAGACUUUCUUGAAAUAAAGAACCACGUAUUCUUCAGCCCAAUAAACUGGGAUGAUUUAUAUCACAAGAGGAUUACUCCUCCAUUCAACCCCAAUGUGGCUGGCCCAGCUGAUCUGCGACACUUUGAUCCUGAGUUCACCCAAGAAGCCAUCUCUGCCUCCAUCACCCGCACACCUGAGCUAGCAGCCAGCAGCUCCAGUGCCUCAGAUGCAUUUUUAGGAUUUUCAUAUGCACCAACUGAAGAGGACAUUUAAGUUUUACAGUGGCUUUGUGAAGCCAUAUUUUAAAUUAAUGGGUUUUAUGGUUUUGUUUUGUUUUUCCUUUUGAGAGGAUUGGUACUAUCCUUUGCUCAUGGUUUAAGGAAAUUGGCACUAACACACUAACUGGCUGGGAUGGAACACAGAUCUUAAUUUUUGCUGUUUGGUGGAUUUUCUCCCUAAAUGAAUAUUUCCCUGCCAGGGAAAGUGGGACACUGACUGUGAUUUUCCCUGAGUGUCUUGUGCUGCUUGGCAGAAUUGUAUUCACUCUGUGGCUGUAUCUAUGGUUGAGGCAUGUGCCAUUAUUCACAUCAACAGCCAUGUUCCUGUAACUGGACACAUUUUUUUAAUUUUUUUUUUUUGUGAAACUAUGGUCAGCUAUGUCCAAUGUCUUUCCAAAGCCCUCAACAGGAAAGGAAACUCUUCAUAUCACCAUGAACAGCGGCUUCCUUCCUUUAGGUGAACUCUGUCAACUCAAGCUGCUCAUCCUGGGCUGAAUGAAAAACUGUUCAUCAUUUAUUGCUCCAAAGGCAGCUGCAGAUCUGUAAAUCCUGAACUGCACUGUGGUCUUUCAUGCCAGCCUGAUCUGCCUCAAAGUGAGAGGAUCAUCUGUCUGGUCCAGGAUUGGGAUGCUACUGAAGCCACAAUGAGGCUGUGACAGAGGAGCCAACGUGUAGGAGGAAAAUCCCAGAUCAAAAAGGGGGUGGGGAAGGGGGCUGAGUUGCUUGGAAAAAAUGGAAAUAACUGUAUAGCUGACCUCUGCUUGGGGCUGGGGGGUGCUUUCACAGUGUGUGCUUGACUUGCCUCAGGCACACCAGCACUUACUGUGAUGAGCACAGGGCAGUGAACAGCGAGUGGUGACCAGGCUCCAGCACUCACCUGAAAAUGCCCAUCACUGAUGUGGAACAGUUAUUUAUUCUGCCUUAAUUUAAGUGCUGGUGUAUUCAUUGAAUGUCACUUCCCACAUAUUUUUUGAAGCUGUUGUGUGCUGUUGCUGUGGGGAGGACGGGGGGCUCAGAGCAACACGGGGAUAAACAAGGGGCUGUCUAAAAGUUGUGUGAUGCUCAUGUGGUGGGGAACCGUGUGCUGGUACAACGGUGUUUUGUUGUUUUUUUUUUUUAAUCAGGCUCUAUCUUGUAUAUGCUGAAGUCAUUGGAAGUAUGACGUGGUUUGUAUUAAAGCUGCAAACACUGA